AUGGUCAGCUCCUGCUGUGGCUCCGUCUGCUCCAACCUGAGCUGCGGGGGAGGCUGCUGCCUGCCCCAGAGCUGCGGGUCCGGCUGCUGUGGCCGCUCCUGCCUGCCGCCGGUCUCGUGCCAGACCACCGUGUGCCGGCCGGUCAGCUGCGUGCCCCGAUUCAGCCGCCCUUGCUUCCAGCCCUGCUGCCGUCCCGAGCCCUGCUGCCUCCAGCCCGGAUGCUGCCAACCCCUCUCUUGCUGCCCCUCCAGCUGCACCGCCGUCGUCUGCCGGCCUUGCUGCUGGGCCUCCACUUGCUGCCAGCCCAUUUCCGUCCAGUCCCCCUGCUGCAGGCCCCACUGCUGCCAGCCGGCUGCCUGCCGCACGAGCUGUGGAGGCUCCGGAAGCGGUGCCUUCGCAGAGGGCGGCUCUGGCUCCGUCAGUUGCCGCACCAGGUGGUGCCGCCCCAGCUGCGCUGUGGAGGGCACCGUCCUCCCACCUUGCUGCGUGCUCAGCUGCACCCCCCCCUCCUGCUGCCAGCUCCACGAUGCCCAAGCCGCCUGUUGCCGCCCAUCCUACUGCGGGCAAUCCUGGUGCCGCCCAUCUUGCUGCCGCCCCCCGAGCUGCGGCCCGCUGGUGUGCGGUCAACCAUCUUGCGUUCAAACAUCCUGCUGCCAGUCACCCUGUGAACCAAGCUGCUGCCAGCCAACUUGCUGA